AUGGUUUUCGCCAUUGCAUCUGCGUGUUGUUUUAACGAUUGGACGUUUGUGUUUUUUCUUUUUUUUGGAAUCGCAGGUUUCACAUUUAUUUUGCCCCGUCAUCCGUGCAAGAGAUGUGGCAAUUCGUACAAGUACAAGGCGAACUUGCGGAGACACGAAAUGUACGAAUGCGGCGUUGAAAAAAUGUUCGUUUGUAAUUUUUGCGGUCGAAAAUUUCACCAGAAAGCCAACCUGAACCGACACUGCACACUGUUGCACGUAGUUAGUGUUGUAAAAAAUACAUUUGAUGAGCGAGAAAACCGAUGGGUGUGCCCAAAAAGCUGCGGACGUAGUUACAAGAACAAGAAACAUCUUCAACGUCACUUAUUCGAGUGCGGAGUACCACCUCAGUUUAAGUGCGACAGGUGCGAUAAAACAUUUAAGCGCAAAGACCACAAGAAAAAACACGUUAAGUGUUGUUCCGAAGGGUCAGAGUUUUUUACAUGUGCCAUUUGUCUGAGGAAAUUCGGUUACAAGUCCAACUGGAGAAAUCAUAUGAUAUUCAAACACAACUUGACCGAAGAAUGGAUGUACAGUGCAUUAUGACAAAUACCUUUUAAUAAUUUUUGUCAUUGAUACGUUGCACGAGUGACGCGCCACACUUUUAUUAACCAUAGCGAAUUAAACAAUCGAUAUUUCACUUUUUAGUUUUCUUAAAAUUAUAUAUUAUUCUACCUUUUCCGUUUCUUUGAUAAGUAUAUAUUUACUAAGACACUGUAUAGACAUAAUAAUUGUCCAUAUUA